CCACACACUCCAUGUAUACACACUCCAAAUAAACCCCUCCACACACUCCAUGUCCACACAGCUUUCAGAUUACAAAUUGCACAUUGUCUUAAAGGAUCAACUAGGGGGGAUAAAGCCCUUUCUCUGCCAGUCACUCACAGUGCUACUGGCUGCAGGGACCAAAUUGUUACUGUCAGAGAGUAAAGAGGCAGACCUGUGGACCAGUAAACCACUGAUAACAGGUAUGUUGGCAUUUUUAAUUUGAGGGAAAAGGUAGGUUGACUUUAUAAAUUGAACAAUACAACAAAUAAUUACAACUGAAUAAUUAAAGAGAAAUAUUGUAUUGAGUACAUUUUUGUGAAGUGAUUCGUGUAAAGUGGUACCGAAAUAGUUUAAACUUAGAAGUAUGACUAGAUAUUUGCAGGAUGGCAUAGCUGGUUCUGGUGCAUGACAUGUAGUCAAUUGUAUUUUAAAAAUAUUUUAUUUUAUGAAAUUAUUACGUCAUAUAAUACUAAAUGCUCCGGGUGUACUAAGCCUUCGGACAGAUUUGUAUGCUAUUAUCCCGAGGGGAAAGGAUCAUGUAGAUAAAGGACAAGAGUAAAUGAGGACAGUUUCAUGCUUCAAACAAAGAGACGCACGUGAGUUACUGUCCUCUAACCGUCACUCUACUGUCCUCUAACCAUCACACUACUGUCCUCUAACCAUCACACUACUGUCCUCUAUCCAUCACACUACUGUCCUCUAACCAUCACACUACUGUCCUCUAACCAUCACACUACUGUCCUCUAACCAUCACACUACUGUCCUCUAUCCAUCACACUACUGUCCUCUAACCAUCACACUACUGUCCUCUAACCAUCUCACUAGUUACUGCCCUCUAACCAUCUCACUAGUUACUGUCCUCUGACUGUCUCACUAGUUAUUGUCCUCUAACCAUCACACUACUGUCCUCUAACCAUCACACUACUGUCCUCUAACCAUCACACUACUGUCCUCUAUCUGUCUCACUAGUUAUUGUCCUCUAACCAUCACGUAUAGAGAUGUGAAAAGGAAGGUGAUGAUUGAAAUCAGUUAGUCUAUAUGAUGUACUUUUAAUUUGUGUAAAUUAAUAACCAGUCCUACAAGUGUUAUUCCUACUGGUGUAUUAAUUUGUUACCUGUUUCCCAACACCCUCGUUGGUCCGUGCACCUUGCUUACAUACAGUAUGUGUCCCUUUCUCCAGUGUGAUUUCCAGGAUGUCCCAAUCUAUUCCACCCCCAGCCUAAUAAGCCUGAGGGAAGCUAAUAUGUUUGGAGCGAUGAGAGUCUUACUGAGAGUCUUGAACAGAGACAUUGUUUUUUUUUUAGUUGCUACAUACCAAAUCGAGGCCCUGCCCUAAACCCCUAUCCCCGUCCCAAUGCCUCUUGUGUUUCAUAAGAUCUUUAAGAGCCUUAUCCCAAGAUUCCUCAUGUGCUCUGACGAAACCAGCUGCCCACAUUAUGCAUGUCAUUCUCUAAAUACCUCACUGGAAAGCCCCCAAAACACGUGUUUUAAGACUUCAGAUUAAUUUGAUCCUUGUCACAAUAGAACACCCUAUAAAGUAGACUCCACAUAAUUGAGAAUUGUUAUUUUUGGACUUUCACUGCGUGGUGUUUUGGGGUUGAGUCAUUUCACUUGAUGGUGUUUUGGGGUUGAGUCAUUUCACUUGAUGGUGUUUUGGGGUUGAGUCAUUUCACUGGAUGGUGUUUUGGGGUUGAGUCAUUUCACUGGAUGGUGUUUUGGGGUUGAGACAUUUCACUUGAUGGUGUUUUGGGGUUGAGACAUUUCACUGCGUGGUGUUUUGGGGUUGAGUCAUUUCACUUGAUGGUGUUUUGGGGUUGAGUCAUUUCACUUGAUGGUGUUUUGGGGUUGAGUCAUUUCACUGCGUGGUGUUUUGGGGUUGAGUCAUUUCACUUGAUGGUGUUUUGGGGUUGAGACAUUUCACUGGAUGGUGUUUUGGGGUUGAGACAUUUCACUUGAUGGUGUUUUGGGGUUGAGACAUUUCACUGGAUGGUGUUUUGGGGUUGAGACAUUUCACUUGAUGGUGUUUUGAGGUUGAGUCAUUUCACUGCGUGGUGUUUUGGGGUUGAGUCAUUUCACUGCGUGGUGUUUUGGGGUUGAGUCAUUUCACUUGAUGGUGUUUUGGGGUUGAGACAUUUCACUGGAUGGUGUUUUGGGGUUGAGUCAUUUCACUGGAUGGUGUUUUGGGGUUGAGUCAUUUCACUUGAUGGUGUUUUGGGGUUGAGUCAUUUCACUGGAUGGUGUUUUGGGGUUGAGACAUUUCACUUGAUGGUGUUUUGAGGUUGAGUCAUUUCACUGCGUGGUGUUUUGGGGUUGAGUCAUUUCACUUGAUGGUGUUUUGGGGUUGAGACAUUUCACUGGAUGGUGUUUUGGGGUUGAGACAUUUCACUUGAUGGUGUUUUGGGGUCGAGACAUUUCACUGGAUGGUGUUUUGGGGUUGAGACAUUUCACUUGAUGGUGUUUUGGGGUUGAGUCAUUUCACUGCGUGGUGUUUUGGGGUUGAGUCAUUUCACUGGGUGGUGUUUUGGGGUUGAGUCAUUUCACUUGAUGGUGUUUUGGGGUUGAGUCAUUUCACUUGAUGGUGUUUUGAGUCCUUUCACUGUCCUUUCACCUAUCUUGCUGUAUCUUUACAAUGAACACUACCAAAUUUAAUUACUUAAAAUUCCUUUUUGUCUCAUUUACUUUGUCCCGGUGAACUACUUACAACAAUAUAUACAGAGGUAGCAGCUGAUCAGCAGAUAAUGUCACGGCAGGACACAUACUGCAACAGGUUUCCACCAAAUAGGUCUUGCUCAGGUAGUGUUGAUAACAUUUGUAAUUUGUUGUUUUGUCCAGGCUUCACAGGGAUUCAUUUUUCUACACCCCCAUAAAAUCCCUUCUCGGAACUCAUUGUGGAUAUGGAUUCUCUGUACCAAUAUUUAGGAUAUCCAGCACAAGCCAACGACGAUUCAGGGACUUCAAGCAGGGAUAAUCUAUGGCUGUACGGCGUGGGUACCUUCGUGGUUCUGUGGACCCUAGGCUGGCUGUACAGAGACAGUCUGGAGAUAGAGGAUAUCAAGGAGAAGUAUGUGUUUGUGACGGGCUGUGACUCUGGCUUCGGGAACUUGCUCUGUAAGAGGCUAGACCGACGGGGGUUCAGGGUGAUAGCUGGGUGUCUCACAGACAAAGGGGCUGAUGAUCUGAAGAGGGCGACUGGGCCGUACCUGAAGACGGUUCUCCUAGAUGUGACGAGCACCGCCAGUAUACAGAAAGCCAUGGAGUACACCAAGCAGGAGGUUGGAGAUAACGGACUGUGGGGCAUCGUGAACAAUGCGGGGCGCUCCCUGCCCAUGGGUCCCUCAGAGUGGAUGAGGCUGGAGGACUAUACCAGUACCCUGAAGGUCAACAUGACGGGGGUGAUAGAGAUGACCCUCACCUUCCUGCCCCUCAUCAAACAGGCCCAGGGGAGGAUUGUUAAUGUAGCAUCAGUACUGGGUAGAGUGGCAGCUAACGGAGGUGGAUACUGCAUAUCUAAGUUCGCUGUGGAGUCUUUCUCAGACUGCCUCAGGAGGGAUAUCCACUACUUUGGAAUCAAGGUGUGCAUCAUUGAACCAGGUUUCUUUAAGACAGCGGUGACCAGUCUGGAUCCCAUCGAGAGAGAGCUACAUCGCCUGUGGAACCAGCUCACACCUGAAGUAAAGGCCAGCUACGGAGACAAAUACCUGGAUAAGUACAUACAGAUCCAAAGGCUGAUCAUGAACGCUGUGUGUGACUCGGACCUGAGUAAAGUGACUAACUGCAUGGAGCACGCCUUGGUGUCUAGCUACCCCCGAACCCGCUACAGUGCCGGCUGGGACGCUAAAUUGGGAUGGAUCCCCCUCUCUUACAUGCCAUCCUGUGUCAUCGAUGUUGGGCUGAAACUGGUGAUGCCACGACCUGCUAAGAGUGUCUAGAGUUCAUUAGCAUACAAUACAUUGCAAUAUAAUACAAUAUAAACCCAUACUAUACAAUACAAUACUAAAGAAUACAAAAUAAUGUAUUGUUUGAGUUCAAAUGUACAGAACGUAGAGUAGCCUACACAUUUAGAAGUUAAUUCAAUGUAUUUCUUUAUACUGUCUGUGUUUUUAAAGCUAGAUGAUGUCCUAUAGUUUUGAGAGAAAACAUGGAAUAUUUGAAUAAUUACCUACUGUGCCUUUUCUUCGCCAUUAUCUAUGGUGCUUCAUUUUGAGCAAUAUUCUUACUCAGCAUUUCACUGUGAGGUCUACUACACCUGUUAUAUUCAGCAUUUCACUGUAAGAUCUACUACACCUGUUGUAUUCAGCAUUUCACUGUAAGGUCUA